UCUCCCCUCCCUGCCCUCGCUCUCUCGCUCGCCCUCAGCGCGGCCCCCGCCAUGACGGAGGCGGGUGCCGGUGCCGUUGCCGUUGCCGUUGCCGCCGCUGCCGUCGCAGGGGGGGAGUCGGGUUCCCAGAAAGUAGCUUGAUGAGUGUCCAAAGUAGCAGUGGAAGUUUGGAGGGGCCGCCAUCUUGGUCCCAGCUCUCCGCGUCUCCAACCCCGGGCUCGACGACGGCGGCCAGGUCCCUGCUGAAUCACACGCCGCCAUCCGGGAGGCCCAGGGAAGGUGCAAUGGAUGAGCUUCAUAGUCUGGAUCCAAGAAGGCAAGAAUUAUUGGAAGCUAGGUUUACAGGAGUUGCAAGUGGGAGCACUGGGAGCACGGGCAGUUGCAGUGUUGGAGCUAAAGCCUCAACAAAUAAUGAAAGCUCUAAUCACAGUUUUGGAAGCUUGGGAUCUUUGAGUGACAAAGAAUCAGAGACACCAGAGAAGAAACAAUCGGAAUCAUCCAGAGGAAGAAAGAGAAAAGCAGAAAAUCAGAAUGAAAGUAGUCAGGGAAAAAGUAUUGGGGGACGUGGCCACAAAAUUAGCGACUAUUUUGAAUACCAAGGUGGAAAUGGCUCAAGUCCAGUAAGAGGCAUACCUCCUGCAAUCCGUUCUCCUCAGAAUUCACAUUCACAUUCCACUCCUUCCUCAUCUGUUCGACCGAAUAGCCCUUCUCCUACUGCAUUAGUUUUUGGGGACCACCCUAUUGUACAACCAAAGCAGUUAUCCUUUAAAAUUACUCAGACUGACCUUACAAUGCUGAAGUUAGCAGCAUUAGAAAGUAAUAAAAACCAGGACCUGGAAAAAAAGGAAGGUCGUAUAGAUGACUUGCUCAGGGCUAAUUGUGAUCUCAGACGGCAGAUAGAUGAACAACAAAAAUUACUUGAAAAAUACAAAGAACGAUUAAAUAAGUGCAUAUCAAUGAGCAAGAAACUACUUAUCGAAAAGAGUACACAAGAAAAACUGUCAAGCAGAGAGAAGAGUAUGCAAGACAGAUUACGCCUUGGGCAUUUCACGACCGUUAGACAUGGUGCUUCAUUUACUGAACAAUGGACAGAUGGUUUUGCAUUUCAGAAUCUUGUAAAGCAACAAGAAUGGGUGAAUCAGCAAAGGGAAGAUAUUGAAAGGCAAAGGAAACUUCUAGCCAAACGCAAACCUCCCACAGCUAAUAAUUCUCAGGCACCCUCUAUCAAUUCUGAACCAAAACAAAGGAAAAACAAAGCAGUCAAUGGAGCAGAAAAUGAUCCCUUUGUUAGACCAAAUUUACCACAACUGUUGACUUUGGCAGAAUAUCAUGAACAGGAAGAAAUUUUCAAACUUAGACUAGGACAUCUCAAAAAGGAAGAGGCAGAAAUCCAGGCAGAACUUGAACGUUUGGAAAGAGUCAGAAAUCUUCACAUUCGAGAGCUCAAAAGAAUAAAUAAUGAAGAUAAUUCACAGUUCAAAGAUCACCCAACGUUAAAUGAAAGAUAUUUAUUACUCCAUCUGCUUGGUAGAGGUGGCUUUAGUGAAGUGUAUAAGGCUUUUGACCUUUAUGAACAAAGAUAUGCUGCUGUGAAGAUCCAUCAGCUUAAUAAAAGCUGGAGGGAUGAGAAGAAGGAAAACUACCACAAACAUGCCUGCAGAGAAUAUAGAAUACACAAAGAACUGGAUCACCCCAGAAUAGUUAAACUCUAUGAUUAUUUCUCCUUGGAUACAGAUACGUUUUGUACAGUGUUAGAAUACUGUGAAGGCAAUGACUUGGAUUUCUAUCUGAAGCAACAUAAAUUAAUGUCAGAGAAAGAAGCUAGGUCUAUUGUAAUGCAGAUUGUAAAUGCACUAAGAUAUCUCAAUGAAAUCAAACCCCCUAUUAUACAUUAUGAUCUUAAACCAGGAAACAUCCUUCUGGUAGAUGGAACAGCAUGUGGAGAAAUCAAAAUUACUGAUUUUGGUCUGUCCAAGAUUAUGGAUGAUGACAGCUAUGGUGUAGAUGGAAUGGAUCUAACUUCCCAAGGGGCAGGCACUUACUGGUAUUUACCUCCUGAGUGUUUCGUAGUUGGAAAGGAACCACCGAAGAUUUCCAACAAGGUUGAUGUGUGGUCAGUCGGAGUCAUCUUCUUUCAGUGUCUUUAUGGUAGAAAACCAUUUGGUCACAAUCAAUCUCAACAAGACAUUCUUCAAGAAAAUACAAUAUUAAAAGCCACAGAUGUCCAGUUCCCUGUAAAACCGGUUGUAAGCAGUGAAGCAAAGGCCUUUAUAAGACGCUGUUUGGCAUACCGAAAAGAAGAUAGGUUUGAUGUGCACCAACUGGCAAAUGACCCCUACCUUCUCCCGCACAUGAGAAGAUCCAAUUCUUCAGGAAACUUACACAUGGUUGGGCUGACAGCAUCCCCUACACCCCCUUCUUCAAGCAUAAUUACUUACUGACUUUCCUCCAAAAUUGGCAUGAUGUCUUUGAAUUGCUUCCAGAUGCAUACUUGAGUUUGAGAGCUUUUGAGUGUUAUUGUUGUUUUCUUUUUUACACAGGAUAUGGUUGAGAACUGUUUGUGAACUGAAGUUCUUCACAGCAUCGUUUGUAUGAGAGUGGGUCAUGGACAGUGAAUAAAUGUACACUUCUGACUGUAAUCUUGAGCAGUGAAGGGUGACUGCCUGUUGCACAGAAACAGGAAUACCAUGUUAAGAUAAAAGGAAAAUGGUUUUUUGGGGGAACACUGUAAAUAACGUUUAUAAUACUUAAAUACAUUUGGUUGUUACUAGAGAGUUCUAAUAUGAAGGGUGGUUUUUCAUUAUUUAAAAACACAUGGAAAAAAUGAGACAUAUUUCUAACACAGGAACUAUCUAGUGCCUGGAUACAUUCUUCAGCAUUCAGCAGUUUAUCUGCUGCAACCAAAGUAAGAACUGAAUGACAGUGACAGUUGUGUUUUAUAGUAAUAGAAUGUGAGAGUUAGACUCUUUGGACAAAGUUAUUAGACUUUUGUCAUUUGCCUCUUCUGGCUUUUAUCAAGUUGUACCUCGAAAACACAUGUCUGCUUUUUUCACUGGUCAUGUUAAAGGGAGAGCUAUUCCUAGAUACAUUACACCUUUGACAAAGUGAGCUGCUUGUUUUGAAAUCAGUUGAAGUCACUGAAUUAUAAUAUCUCCAGUGUUGUCAACACGUUAGAAUUGUUAACAGGUAUUUUUCUUUUGUUACCAGGCCUUGUUCAUUCAAACAAGUGACAAUACGUAACCAAAUGCAGACCAGUUCUAUGCAGGAUAAUGAUAAAUUCCCUUCUAGCUCUGUUGUAAAUUGUGUACAGAUGUCGUAUUUCAAUUACCGAGUUUCAGCAGCUUAUUCUUGUACAAAUGUUUAAAAAUAUGGCUUUUCUAAUUGGAUAUUGUAUUUUUUUUAAGUCUUCUUGAAGGCGCUUUAAUUGCUGCUAAAUGAUGUUGCUUCUUUGCUAAAAAAAUCAAAUGACCUCCUUAAAGGUGCGAGUUGACUGUACAUUAUAGAGAGAUUAUUAAAAGCAGGCAUUUAUUAACAAUCAAGGCAUGUAAAAAUGAUCUGUGUUGGACAUAAAGAGCUCUCGAAAUCAGUUUCUUGGUUUCUAGGGCUGUGGAGCACAUAUAUACUAGAUUUAUAAAUUGUUCAUGGUAAUUCUACAUUUCUAGAAAGUUCUUAUCAGCAAGGUGGGAUGAUGGUCCCUUAAACGAGUUUCUUGUGGUUUGUACAGAUUUGUUAAAAUGUGAACAUUUUCUAACUGCCUUGUAUGGUAGAAACCAUUAUUUUUCAGGAUGCUGUAUGUCACUCCUCUAAGAAAUUUCUUUAUCAUCACAUUCAUAAUGCUGAUACUCACAUGUAAAUUGUCCAUGUUGCCGAAAAAGGAGGCUAUGCUUACCACAGAUUCCCCUUAAUAUUGUACAGUUAAACCAUGGCUCUUUGUUCUUUCAUUGUACAUAGACACAUUGUCUCUUUAAGAUGCUGCUGAAAUUGUAGAGAAUGUAGCCAAAACAUUAAUAAACAAUGACAGUUAAAA